UUUAUAUCAACCUUAAAAAAAUAUAUUACUGUUACAGGUUCGGAACGUCUUAUUCUCCCAAGUUCUAAUUCGGGAUUUUACAGGUCGAUAAAAAUAGCGAGACAUUUGAUUGGUCAGCCUGAAGGUCAAAUGACGUCAGCUCUCUCAUGUGACACUUAUUCCCGCAAAAUCGUCAGAACCAAAACAAAACUCCAUGUUGGAUUUGCAAUAUGUAAACAUUAGCGUUUGAAUGCAGUUAUUUGUCGUAGACGAAGAGUAAAACUGUGGAUUCUAGACAGCAAACAGAUCAGGAAGGCCUUGUAGAACGAUUGUUGCGAGAAUUAGCGAGAGUUCAAAGUGUGAGUUCCGCAUCGAGUGUUAGUUUGGAAAGUCUUGUUCAAGGUUUACCAACUAACAGCCGUAGCAUAGUGUCCAGUGCCUUGUUACCGCAGCUAGAAUACAACAAUAGUAGGGCAAGGCCAGCCAUUUCAACGACAGCAGAAACAACAAUACCAGUUGUCCAGCAUCAGGCAAUCAAUAUAUUGCAGCAGGACCGACUCCCACCACCAAAUUACGAGCAGUUUACCCAACACAAAUUACAACUACAGCGUCAGACAUCUGCACAAGCCUUUCUCUACUCUGUCCCGCAUAAACAACCGAGCGCCAGUGUGACGACCCCUUCAUCUAGUGUACCAUCCGCUCAGGGGGAGAUAACCAGACCUGACACUUCAUCCUCGUGCAGUUCAAGCCCACAGGCUCCUGGAGAACUCCUCAAGCUUCUGUUACAGAAGCCAAAGAGCCAAACUCAGCCUAUAUCAACUGGAAUUAUUCAGCAGAUAUUAGCUAGUCCAACACAGCAACAACAACAACAGAAGCAGCAAAAACAACAGCAGCAGCAGCAACAACAACAGCAGCAGCAGCAGGACAUCAGGAAGAGACUACUGUUACUGCAGACUUUGCAGGCAGCCAGAUUAAAGCAACAAAAACAGCAGCAGCAGCAGGAGACACCAAUACAGAAGACAGGUGUCCCUGGCGAGUACCUGGAAUUGAGCGUUGAACCAGCUGUACAAACAGACGCACAAUUUCAGGGCACAAAUGGUCCUGUCCGUGUAAACAAGUCACCAGACACACAGCAGUCGGUGUGUUCUCCAGUGAUGGAUCGACAAUUAAGCUGUUCAGACAACCCCGUCUUCAUUCACACAUGUGGUGAGCUCCCCUUGUCCACCGACUUCAUGGAGACCAGCAUCUACGCAUCGAGCCCAAACUCAUUGUACAUGUAUGAACAAGAGAAGACAGACAUGCAGAGCUCCAUGGGAGUGGGAACAACGUGUUGCACUGUUGUUGACACUGCUUCAACAUCGGAUGACUUUGACCUUCAUACACAGUACGAAGUAUUGCAAGAUAUCAGUAAUUUCACCAUGGAGGCUCAGACAUCAUCCGGCGAAACCCCGAGACAGGAAAACAGUUCCAUUUCUAGUCAGGCAGGAACGUCCAGAUGGGAAGUAGAGAUGAAACCGAUAAAGUCUGAAAUCUAUAUUAAGAUGGAGUCAUCAGAUGAAAGGCAGACACCAACGCUUGCAGAGUUGAAUUCCACGAACCUUGAUCUGCUUGAAGACAUAGACUCAUACAUAAACUUGGAAAUGAGUUAUCGCAUGGGUGCAAAACAGGAAGUGGAUUUAGAGACUGCGCCAUUUUUGUCAUCUAGUGCAGGUGAUAAAGUGUUGACUGUUGACAUACAGGGUCAGGGAGGCGGAAGUCUUUCCCAGAUGUUGGCCAGUCCUCCACUGGCCACCACUGACCAACCAAAGUUGGUCACUGUUAUCAAGUCCGAGCCUGCUGAUAAUUAUUCACAGACACUUGAUGUUAUUUUUCCGAAGUCUUUCACACCCAUGACGCCUGUUAAGCCGGAGUUGAUUGUGCCUGCGAGUAAAAACGUAUCGCGAACUUCCACAUUGAGCACAAUAAAGGAAAUAGACAUUUCAGACUUCACGACCCUCCAGAACUUGCUCAAGCGAUCUGAACCCUCGCAGGCGAGGAACCAGAGACGCAGAACUGUCUCCGAAUCUGUCAUAAUGGACAAGAAAGUAUCACCCUCUCGAAAGCGCUCAUGCGCAACGGCGGGAAUUGAGAGCAUGGACAUGAAGUGGGAGGAGAUUAAGCAAUUUCUUGAGAUCGAGUCUAGAACACCAACACAGUCACCACCUCCAAGACCACCCCCUGUCAAGACAGAGAGGACCAGAUAUGAUUCUGCUAGCUCUGUAAUGACGCUGACCUCAAAUGAGGAUGAGGAAAGUGACUCGGACAGGGAUUAUGAAGAUGACUCGGAUUCAGAUUUAGAAGGUGGCCAUGACCUUGGGUCCUUGAGUCCCGGAGAGAGUCUGAUUGGCACCAAGGACAAGCAGUACUUCUGGCAGUACAACGUCCAGUCAAAGGGGCCUAAGGGGACACGGGUCAAGUUUGAUAUGGAGGAGGAUCCUCAUGUGUUGAACGAUUUUGAGGACCCUGUGUUCGACCCCUCAAAUAGCACCAGUCUGACUGAAAUAGGGGUCACAGUGAAACACGGGGGUAAGGCCAGAAAAGGGGAUGGUAAUGACAUUGUGCCCUUCCCCAAGAAGUUGUGCCAACUGGGUCUGCAACUGCGGAAAAUUAACCGUCAGAUAAAUGACUUCAUUCCCGUUAGUGAGCUACCCUCUAACGCUCGAGGAAAAACGAGGAAGGAGAAGAACAAACUGGCAUCAAGAGCGUGUCGUCUUAAGAAGAAAGCCCAACAUGAGGCCAACAAGGUGAAGCUUCAUGGUCUUGAGACAGAACACAGGAAGCUGCUGACCGUGAUCCGGGCCAUGAGGCAUCACACGGUAACCCGGUUGAGGGCGGAGACGGACAACAAUGGGGACAAUCAAACAACCAUGACAUGCUUGCUUGAUUCACUCAUCAAAACACAUCUUGGAGUGAUGAUAGCAGGCAACACCUCAGAGUAUGUGAACGGUGUGAUCCGUAAAGUAGAGGCUGGCGACAUGACUGGUGGACUAAAGAUCCACACCACGCGCUCCUACCCUAAGGAGUUACAUAACUAGAUACACCAACAAAAGACAGUAAGGGUAAUGUUCAUGCCCUUUUUGUGAGCUUUGUUACGCUAGAGUAAUGGGUGUUGUGUUACACCAGACUUCUGUUUAUUUGGUUGAGAUGUAAUAUAGGUGUGCUGUCACCAAUCAUAACAUUAAUGUAAAGUCAUCCUACCAACAUUUUAAAGUUGUCUUAACCUACGUGUUUAAGUCUUCUGACACAUAAAACCUUUACACCAGCUACAGGAGCAUUUUUGACGAAGCACAAGUUCUUUUACCGCUUAUACUGCAUGAUUAUCAAAACAAGCAUAGAGAGAUUUUGUGAAAGUGGAUUAUAUUUCAAAGGCGAGGAUAUUGUUUCAUGUGUAAAUAGAACACCAACCAUGCUGGAAAACCAAGCCAUUGGUAAUGCUGUUGCUAUUUUAUUGUUGUGAUACAUUGUAAAUAGAGUCCACAUCAUGUUGAUCAUGUGUGUAUGAUAGUGACUUAAACAGGGAUUAUGAUUUUGUUAGAACCUAGAACCAUUUCAGUUUUUUUUUAGUUUUCUUGGUGUAAUAUUGGAUUGUAUGGAAGAACAGAAGCUGCCCAUCUAUUGUUAAUGUGCUUCAUUUUUAAUCUUUCAUGAAAACAUAAGAAGUUUCAAAAUUGACUGACACUUGUCUUGCUUCUAUGGAUUUUAUUAAAAAGUCUACUAUUUUGGGGAGCUUUACUCAUGAAACUUAAUACUGAAGAUGUAGGUUUUAAGAAUAAGGUGUUGUUUAAAUGCCAGAAAGGUCCAAGCAACAUUAAAACAUAGGCCCCAUUCAUGGCAAGAAAUGAAAAAAAUACAUGGCAAGUAAAGAAAACAAUUACAUGGCAAGUAAUGAAAAUAAUUACAGUUUUAUGCCAAGUAUUAAAAAUGAACAGAAUUUCAGUUUCGUGGCAAGUAAUGAAAUAAAUUACAGUUUGAUGGCAAGUAAUAAAAAUAAUUACUGUUUCAUGGCAAGUAAUGAAAAUGAUUACUGUUUCAUGGCAAGUAAUGAAAAUGAUUUUAGUAUCUUGGCAGGUAAUUGAAAUAAUUACAGUUUUAUGGCAAGUAAUGCAAAUAAUUACAGUAUCACUUUCGAUCGCAAUCACUAGCAUAUGUGAAAGUCUAAAAUCCGAAACAUGCUUACAUCAAGACUAAAAUAUACAUACAACAUGCCUCCCAUUUCACAGGUCAACGGACCGCAUGAUUGUUUAUUAUGAGUUGUACAAAAAAGCUGUUCCAUUGUUUGUUACUGAGUUCUUAAAGUUUGGUGUUCAUUUUUAAUUGAUUUUUGAUAGUUUAAGUUGUGGUAAUGUCAACUAUUUUUAGCUUUUUUGUUCUGAUUGUGUCACCUGUGUUAUUCAUUGUACAGCUGUGUUUAAAAUAGAAAUGAUUUUACUGUACAUAAGAUUCUUAAAAUAAAAUUUGAUUUUGUUAGAUAAGGUUGCAUUUUAUUAGUCCAUGAUCUCAUAAACAAAUUCAUUUUUGUUUUUAAAAUGUAAUAAUGAAUGUGUUUUUGUGUACAGGUACUUGUUAGUAAUUGAAACAUGUUUUUUUUGUGAUGCACUAAGCCGGUAUACAAAUUUCAUCUUUGUUAUAAUAUUUUAUGUGUAUUCGUGUACAGAUAUUGACUUUAUCUAUCAUUUUUGAUAACUCUGUUUCAUUUUUGUAUAUUUCUUUGACGUUUGAUGAUAUUUUCUUAAGCUAUUAAGUCUUUCAUUUAAUCUUGGAUUUUAGUGUUUCAAAAUGGUAUUUCAUGAUAAAAACAGUACCAUUUCAAUUUCAGACAUGGAUAAAGUAGUAUUGUUUUGUUCAACAAAAUGAAAAUGUUCAAUUAUUUUCAAAUUUGUCAAAUUCUUGAAAAAAAAAAUAAUCGAACAUUCGCCUUUUUCCAAAAUUGAUUUUGGAAAUAAAAUUCUGUUACAAAAAUGGGUAAGGGUACAUUUCUAAUCUUAGAAAAUUGAGACAUAGGUACUUGUACAUUUAAAAAGUUGGGUAGAUUGUCUUAAAGGGACUCGCUCACUGAUUUUAUGUUGGUAUAGAUUUUUUGUUUAAAUGUUGUUGAAAUUGAGUUAUUUUAUGUAACUUUAUGAACAAUUACCAACACGCCGCUGACAGGUCCUUAUGUGAACUGAAUUAUGUAAAUCCUAGCCAAAAAAUUUCAAUAGUAUUACUGAAUUUAUUAGGCCAAGUAACUAUUAUCAAGAAGACAAAAUUUGAUGCAAUACAUCAAAGACUCAAAUUGCAGAUAAAUACAUUUAUCAUAAAAAAAUAUUAAUGGGAAUGAGGAUAGACAUAAGUUUAAAUGCUCUAAUGAAGUGAUGAAACUAAGCAGGGGUGUCACGAAUUGAUAUACCCCGGUAAAACAUAUUAAAUUAAGAGAGCGCCAUGUUGUCAGGAACACGUUAAAGAUUAAAUUAAAAAUGAAUACCCAAGCCAAUAAGUUAUUUUGCAUUAAAUGUCUGCGAGACAAUUGAGGAGAUACAUUGAAAAUGUUGCCUUCAAGCCAUGCUUAAGAAAUCUCUAAUUGAACUUUUGAUGAUGUUUUGUUAAUGAAAGGAGUAUUUUGUUCACAUUACACACAAGUUUAUUUCCCAUUUAUUACUAUAAAACAUGAACGAGUCCCUUUAAAAAACACCUUUUUGAAAAUUUUAAAAAAGCAGCUUUGCCUUCUCAACCUUAAAAUAUCAAAAGUAGUAACACAAUCAAUAAAUUACGGCAUUCAGGAUAACAAACAUCUGAAGCAUGAAGAAAUUGUGCUUUUGUUAUUUUUUUGGUUGAUUUUAGAGUUGUGCUGAAAAUAAAGUGCUUGUUUCUAGUUGUUAUCUCGGGAUAAGUUUUGAUUUUGAUUAGUGUAUUUUUACACUGUCCAUUAUGGAUGGUUUAGGUUGACCAUCCUUCCAUAUUCCUCUUUUGCAGUUGCCAAAUCAACUCACUAAACAUGCUUGAAAUAAAAAUUGAAUAGUUUUAAAUUUUAUACUGUCCUGUUAAUUGCUAAGUUAUUUUAAGAAAAAAUCCUAUCAUCUUAUUCACUAAAAUAGUCCGGGUCAAUGCAUCUGCAAACAAAUGGUAUUUUGAGAAUGGCCAAACUGUAAUAUUACUGUAACAUGUUUUUGAUGUUAUCUGUUAAAGAUGUUUCUAUUAAAUUCAUUUUAAUUUUCUUAUUUUAGCUGUUGAAAUGAUUGUUUUAAUUCAGAUUAUGAUGUAAGCUAUUUUUAUGAGAUGGUUUUUAAGCAAAAUAAAACAAUUGUUUUUGAUGGACAAAAUUCAGAGUUGUUUUAUGAUUAUUUAGAAUUUGGUUUUACUUAUUACAAUGAACGAAGAUGUGCAAUAAAUGUGAUUAUAUAUGCUAAAUAUGUUAUUCAUGUAUAAACAGUGGUUAAAUAUUAAAUUAUGUAAAUAUCUAUGCUGGGACUUUUCAUUUUAAAAUGCAUGUCUUUGAUUAUUAUCAAUUUUUAUGUGAUCUUCAUUUCAUGAUACGUUAUGCUCCACUGCACUUUUUUAAUAUGACAUUUUUACAUAAAAUUUCUAUUUUUAAUAAUACGGUUUUAAGGUAUCUGGUGGACAAUAAUGUAAAAUAAUGAUGCCUCGUGAUCCCAACGUUAUUUGGCUAUCAUUUGAAAGGGUUUAAUGUGUAGAGGACGAAUAUGUAAAUAGUUUACUGAUAAAAAUAUUGCAAACAUGCUAGCUGGCCUUGAAACAUUGAAAAUCGUUCAUUUUCGAUGGAUUUUAUUAUAAGAAAAGGCUAAAUAAAACACAAAGUAAGUGUUUCCGGUCAUUUAUGAUCAGUAGGCAAUAACCUUGUCAAAUUAUACCAAAAUAACAUGGGGUCACCAGGCAACAAAAUUGAUCUUUAUUUGCCAAUGGCUCGAUGAAAUGACAGGCUUAUUUGUACUGUGGCAGCCAUUUCUAUAAAACUUUCAAGCCUUUGUACCAUGGCAGCCAUUUGUAUAUAUUUGGAUACCCAAGAAGGUUAUCUCUUGGCUUGUUUGCACAUAAAAGCAAUUUGAUUGGUCCACAGUAAUUAUUCAUUUUGGAUAAAGAUUGACCAAUCAAUAAACAUUUUGGCUAACUUGAACUAAACCUAGGAAAUAACUAGUUUUGUAAAAUUGGCUGCCUUAGGUUAUCUUUUGGCUAGUUUGCAUAUCAAAGCACUUUCAUUACAAUAAAUAUUGGAUAACUAUAAACCAAUCAAUGAAGGUUUUGGCUAACUUUGUCAUAACCAGUAAUUAACCAAUUUUUUAUAUAAUUCACUGCGUAUACCUCAAAAAUGCUUAAUAAAAGAAAUAUUUCUAUUAUUUUACAGAAGGUACAAGAAUCUCAUGGAAGUUGCCUUUUUUCUCUUGUUUUAUUUUUUUUCUUCCUCAAAUUUCUCUAUCUUAACCACAGCCCUAGGAUUGUAAGUUCAGUGUAUUUACAUUAUAGUAUUGUGCAAUGAACAUGGUUUUUAUCAAGAGCUUUUAUGCUAAUUUACUGUCAACAGGUGGUAAAACAUUUUAGUUAAAAAGCAACAACAGAUGGGUAACUUCAUAAUUUGCAUAUUAAUUUGUACAUCAAAGCAAAAUAACAGUAGAUCGGCCAUCACCAAUUGUUCAUUCUGUUACUUGCAAGUUGCUUCUAAGCAUAUUCAGUAAUUUUGCUCUUUUCAAUGGGAUCACCAGAUGAAAUCCAAUUUAAUCAUUUUGAAAGCUUCUGACGAAAAUCAAGCUCCAAUGUUCAAUUUGGUCAUUAAGUGGUUUCAUUAAUAAGUGGCUAAUAGUUCAUACCUUCAUACAAGCCUAUCGAAGCCAAGUAUUUUUAGCAAUGUAUUUCGCUUAGUUGAGUUACGUGACUGAUUCGAUUCAUUUGUUGAGUUUCUAGGAUAAAACAGUUACUAUAAGUAAGUUAUAGUUCACAUAUAACUUCUUCCAGGUUUUUCGCUCUCCUGGAAUAAAUUGUUUAAUUUGUAAUAUACGACCUAUGACCUUGACUUAUUCAGUGGUUUGCACAUGCGUGAUGGCUAAUAUAUGUACAUUUACGCCAGCACUAAGACAGUAAUUAAGUUAAAAUCAUGGGCAUAUUUUGUUUAAUCAUUAAAGUGAUGGGUACAUUUACCUUCAUACAAGCCUAUCGAAGCCAAGUAUUUUUAGCAAUGUAUUUCGCUUAGUUGAGUUACGUGACUGAUUCGAUUCAUUUGUUGAGUUUCUAGGAUAAAACAGUUACUAUAAGUAAGUUAUAGUUCACAUAUAACUUCUUCCAGGUUUUUCGCUCUCCUGGAAUAAAUUGUUUAAUUUGUAAUAUACGACCUAUGACCUUGACUUAUUCAGUGGUUUGCACAUGCGUGAUGGCUAAUAUAUGUACAUUUACGCCAGCACUAAGACAGUAAUUAAGUUAAAAUCAUGGGCAUAUUUUGUUUAAUCAUUAAAGUGAUGGGUACAUUUUCCAGGAAUGUGUUCAAUUAGAUUUUGAGUAGUCUGUUUUACAAAAUGGCAGUUUCUUUUCUUAAGUUUUUAUAAUGAGAUUAUCCAAAAACAUAUUAAUAUAACAAAAAAUAAAUAAAUUGCAUUUUCUGCUAUCAGCUAAAGAUUACAUAAGAAAAUUUUUAGGCAAAAUAAUCACACAAUACUGAAAUGUACAGUGAAAAGCUGCCAUAUUGCAAGACAGACAGAUUUUGUAUCUUUUGUGCAGCUUCAUAUAAGUAUUUCAUAUGAACGAAAUAUAGAAUUAUUUUUUUUCCCGAACUCUUCUUCCCCUGAAAUUUAUUUAGUUGAUCUAAGUUUUUUUGUUUUUUUUUACCAUUUAACAAACUCUUUACUAUGUUUUUACAAACAUAUUUCUGGAAUAUGUAUGAUACUGAUGGAAAUGAAUGAAUACUUAUUGGGAGCCGCACAGAAUAAUUUUUUUGACGAAUGUGGAAAAUACGGGUAUUUUGGAGAUGAGUUCACACAAGAUUGUGAUUUCUGACAUUCUCAUUUUGUAUCAGAUUCUAUGAUGAUUGUUGCAACAAUAAUCCAUUAGUUUUGUAACAGAUAUUUACCUAUAUUAUUUGAGACAAGUUUGCUAUAAUUUGUAAUUAAACCAUGUCAGUUAUUACGUUCUUGUUGGAAAAUUUGGCCAGUUUGUGUAGAUAUUGUACAUUAAUGAUUCAUGGCUUUAGUUGGUCUUAGGAUGUUGCCCUUGAUUUUUGUACAACCACGCCCCAUUUUUUCGUAACUUCUUAAGCUUAACAAGCUAAAGUAGCUUAUUUUCACUUAGCCAAAAUACAUACUUAAUUUUGAUGAAUGAAAAGUUGUUUAUUGUGAUUAUCAUAAACAUAAUUCCUAUUUUAAGUAUAAAAUCACUAAAUUUUACACAAAUUGGGGCUGGAUUUCGAAUAAAUACAAGAGUUUAUUUCAUGCUAAAUAGUAGCUGAAUUUAGAUUUUUUAAUUGUCAGACAUAGGAAGUUUCUAUACGAGGUUUAACCUUUAUUUAGAAAAUGAUUCUCGGAAAUUGGUCUGAAGUUGCAAUCUACUUUCCCUACUUAUUGUGAGAAUCUUAAAGGGAUUAAUUUUUGCUUUUGAUUUCAUUUCUUUCAAAAACUGUGCCAUCAUUCGGUGAUUUACUGGUAAUUUUGUCUAAUCCCAUUGUUCCUCUUCUCUUUGCUUGAAAUGAUUCAUCAUAGUUUUAUCCAUUCAUCUUUGCAUUAUUUAAUGCAAUAAAGCAAACUCCAGCUUUUGAAAGAUCACUUUUUUAGGAGUUAAAGACAAUGUUUUCAUAACUUUUUUACAGAAGAAUGGUAACAUUAUUGUUAACAUUGUAAAUGGUACUGAUCUAUAAAAAAAACUACUGUUUUUGUCAUUGUUAAUUAUGAGUCAAUUUGUUAAACAAGAAAUAGUUUUGUACAAAUUCAGCAUGUAAUAUUACAGUAAAAGUAAUUGAUAUACAUUUUCAUGAAUUAUUUAACUGUGAUUACAAAUGUGAUAUAUUCAGUGGAUGAAUAUUCUGUAAAUAAUAAUUGCAUACCGUUAAGACUUCAACAAUUGAAAUAAAAGGCAAAAUUGU